CCAAUAAAAACCCGAGAAGGAGAAAAUUAGCUAAAGAUUAAGCAAGGCCACGGAAGAAGAAAAAAGGGAUUCGCUGUUUUGUUUCCUUCUGCUACUGGUUAGGGUUUAAAUCAGGGGUUUUCCUUCUUCUUGUUCUUCUUCUUCUUCUUCUUCUUCUCACUGCUUCACCACUAUUCCACCAUCAACAACCAAUGGAUAGAUACCAGAAAGUAGAGAAGCCAAAGCCUGAAUCACCCAUUAACGAGAAUGAGAUCCGAAUCACUUCCCAAGGUGCUAUUCGGAACUACAUCAACUAUGCUAUUGCUCUUCUUCAGGACAAGCAUGUGAAGGAAAUUGUCUUGAAAGCAAUGGGACAGGCAAUCAGUAAGACAGUAGCCAUUGCCGAGAUUUUAAAGAAACGGAUUCCUCGCUUGCAUCAAGAUACUUCCAUUAGCUCGGUGAGCAUAACUGAUGUGUGGGAGCCUAUUGAAGAGGGCCUUGUUCCUGUGGAGAUGACUCGCCAUGUCUCAAUGAUAUCUAUUACCUUGUCAACCAGAGAACUAAACAAAAACUCUGUUGGGUAUCAAGCUCCACAUUAUGCUGAACAACCAAAGCCACAAUAUCAUUAUCAGCAGCAGCAACUGCCAAAACAAGGUCGCAUCCCAUAUAAUGCUGUUAAUGAAGAUUCAUAUGGCCGAGGUAGGGGUCGUGGUAGAGGCAGAGGGAGGGGGCGGAGUUGGGGCAGGGGUGGCUAUGGAAAUUAUCAAGAUAAUGGUGGAUAUUCAAACUGGGGCAGAGGUGGAGGGCGAGGAAGAGGUUGGGGUUAUCGUGGUGCUGGUUAUGAAAGAGGUAGAGGUGGAGGUGGUAGAGGCUUUAGCCGUGGCCGUGGGAGGAUGGGUGGUGGUGGUCGCUCGAGGGGUGGUGGCUACUGAAGCAUAAUCAAAGACGGAUAAAGUUUGUGUUUUUACCCCCUUUAGCUAGAUGCUUGCUUGCCUUGGCCAGUGGGAAAUUAUGGAAGUAGUUCAGUUUCUAAUAGCGUGAGAUUGUGGCUUAAAAUCUCCAGCACUAUUAAGCAGUGGUAAUGUGUUUGUUUCUGCAUUAUAUGGAUGAGAGGGUAGGGGUAGUUUUGUUGGGUUUUUUUUCGCAUUUAGCCAAGGGCAAGAUGAUGAUGAUGAUGAUGAUGGGUUUAUAUGAUUUGUGCUGUAAUUGAAGUUACCCUUAUGGUUUUGCCAAAUCUCAAAUACCCUAUCAUGUUUAUAUAUAUAUAAUAUGAUUUCUUUAUUCCUUGGAUGUA